AUCCGCAUCAAGGGCUGACAGUUGUGGCGGCGUGUCAUUGCUGCCGUGUUGUCGUUUUUUGUCGUCGGUAAUUUAGUGUUUUUCUCGCAUAUUUUAUUCGGUAACCGUUUGCAUAAAAAUACAGUUCUUGACGAUAAAGCAUCGAAAUGGUGGACUACGGCAAGGAGUUCAUGUUGUACCUGAUGGACGAAAAGUGUUACGAUAAUUACUUCGUAGAGUUUGACCUGCUCGAUGGCGACUGUUUCCGUGCGUUGCUCAGCAAAGGCUUAGGCUUGGGCAUUAUUGCCGGCUCGGUGUUGGUAAAGGUGCCUCAGAUUACGAAGAUUCUUGGCAACAGAUCUGCUCGCGGCAUCAGUCUGUUCAGCGUCUGUCUCGAUCUGUUUGCCAUUACGAUUCACAUGGCGUACAGUUUUGUGAAUGGGUUUCCGUUUAGUGCCUGGGGCGAUACAGCCUUUCUGGCCUUACAAACCGCCAUCAUCGCCAUGAUGGUACUGUUCUUCGGUGGUUCCACGGUAUUAUCGGCAGCAUUCACGUUCGCCUACACAGGGCUGGUGUACGCGCUGAUGGGAGGAUUGACACCCAUGAAGUACCUGCUAAUUGCUCAAGGUUUCAAUGUGCCGAUUCUGCUGCUCGGAAAGCUGUCACAGGCAUUCACCAACUAUCGCAACGGUAGCACCGGUCAGCUAUCGGCGGUAACGUGCUUUAUGCUGCUGGCCGGAUCGUUAGCACGGAUCUUUACCUCGAUUCAGGAAACUGGCGAUCAAAUGAUGAUCAUAACGUACGGUUCGUCAUCCUUCGCCAAUCUGGUGAUCGCCCUGCAGGUGCUGUACUACUGGAACUCGGACAAGCAGAAGAAGACCGGGUCUGCGGGGGCAGCAGCGGCAGCGGCAAAGAAACCAAAGUCCAAGAGCAAGAAGACCGACUAGUUGGUAGCGUUCGGACACGAUUAGUCAAUCCCAAAGGACUUGCGCUUGCUAUUUCUACUUUAAUUCCGGUUUUUUCUUCUUCAAUUCUAAAGUGUGUUUAAACUCGAACCGACUAGAUUGUGCGCUUAAUUUUAAGAUGCAAAAUGCAAGCAUUUCCACACAGCAAAAGACUAUUAAAAUGACAAAAGAGUACGGAGGCUGCUGCUAGUGCCAGUUGUGCACCUGUCGUCAAUUAUGGUGCAUGUAACGAGUUUGUAGUAAAAUAAAUUACCAAUAAUACUCUA